AAGAUGCAAAAUUAGUUUUUUGUGUAAUACGUGAUGGGUAGGAGAGAACAGGAAAAUAGAAAAAGGAAGGCUGCAGCUAAAUCUUGCCAGUGUCUCGAUACAACACUGGGAAAAAAUAACGGAUUCCCAUUUUUGGAUAUUUUAGGGUAUUUAAAGAAUACCCACAAAAAUCCCAAAUUUGGAAGAGUGAGACAAGUCCCAAUCUGGGAACUUAGUUGGGAAUUCCCCGGUUGGGACUUGUCUCACUUUGCCAAAUUUGGGAUUUAUAUGGGUAUUCUUUAAAUACCCUAAAAUAUCCAAAAAUGGGAAUACGUUAUUUUUUCCUGUGCAAUGGGUCAGUAAAGUACCCCGUCAAGAGCUAUCAGACGCUGACAAUGACAGUGCAGUCUGCGACGACAGCCCAGCUGAAACCACGACUUCAGAUCUAUCUCAGUUAACUACAGUUUUACAGCGAGAUAUAAACGGUAAAUCAUACUCAUUUUCGCAAUGUCCACCAGUCUUGAUCCCAUUAUUACGCUCUGAGAUUUAGUCGCUACACCCACGGAGGCUGGAGCUCGGAACUGUUCUGACGGAUUAGUUCCGCAGUAUUUUGAUGUAUCAUUUUACAUCGUAAAAUUACUCCUUUAUAACUAAAUUCAAACAGUUGUAUUCGAAAAAUGUUUUAUUCAGUUCCUACCGUGUUCUUUGCCGUUACAAUUUCUCAUGUAUUGCUACUUUCCUAAAUAAACGGAUCAGACGAUAAAAAAUACAUUUCCGUAGUUGGGUCCGCUUUGGCCUCGUUAGCACCCCCUUCCCACAUAAAAUCCUGGUUACGGGCCUGGUCUUUUGUCUUUUUUCCUUCAAAACGACAGCUUAGUAUUUUCUCCAACUUCCACUUUCCAUCUGUGCAUUUCAUCGGUGUAUUUUACCGUCAGGAGAGGAGAUUUGUUAAAUUUACCUAAAUUUUACCGCGCCAGCUCAGUUUCUUGGCGUGCACCCACGGGCAAAUGGUAGUGGCUAACUGACCAAUCAGAGCGCGCGAUUUACUUUUGUUAUGUUAUAAAUUUAGAUGUAACUUUCAAAUCAAAAGGAGUAUUACGAUGGAAAGAUUAGGAAUAUCUUUAAAAAACCUAAAAUCGAUGGAAAGAGGAUAACCUGAGAUCAGGCUCAAUUUUCGUUUCGCUUUGUAAUAACAUUCCGGCGGGCAAGGCGAAACGAACACAGAGCAGGCCCAAUUUUAGCGGUAGCCGUUAGAGAGAAUGUAUGAGAACCGCUAAAAUUGGGCCUGAUCUCAGGUUGGAAAGAGGAUUAGGGGCAUUGCGAAAUUACUAGAUUCAAACGAACUUUGGAAGGGUGAAAAAUAUAAUUUAAAUAACCACGGAUUAAAAGGCAUAGAGCUCUAGAAAAAAGGAGUGGGGUUCUCAAUAGCAAUGGAGUAGGAGUCGUAAUCGGAGACACAAGCGAUAGGAACCUAUGAUCUUGUAAACAACAAAAAUCGAAGCUAUUAGGGUGACGGAUUCAGCUGACUCCUCAAUGCGCCUACAACUUAGAAAAUGUACAUAAAUGUAACUGGUGGUGAGGCAUUUCAAUCGGCUGUGCGUUUAUUAUUUCUUAUAUUUUGAUAACUGUGAUUGCAGAGUUAAGAGUUGCUUUGUUUUGUUUUGACAAAUAAAAACUGUCAGCUACAACUCAAACAAGUUUAUAUGAGGAAAGUAAACUACUAUUAACAAACAUUUAUUUCGUGACUGUGGGACUCUGUGUACAUGGGAGAUGGUUUCACAGGUGAGUAUCAAGAUGGCGCCGCUAGUGACCGCUGUUUUCCAUUUCUUUUCUUUCUGAUAGAUUCCAGCAAUAAGUAUCAGGACGACCCCAAAGCCUUUCUGUUUUCACUGGUGAACAAGCCAGGAUGGGCACCUGUUAAACUGCCUCAAACAGGAAGAAACGCCCAUUCGAUCCGUUUUCAGUCAUCGUAUGGGCCCACAUUUGGAGGAGGACAUGACAUUAUCAUUUCCAACUCCGCGUCAUCCAAUAGCAAUUCAUACUGCAACCUGGGCUGGACUUACAGCGCACCGAGUGGGUACAGCUACAGCAGCACCUUCGCCCGAACAUUCCUGGCAGGAACUUACAAGUUCACUCCAGACGAAGUAGAAACCUUUUACGAGUCAAACUAAAAAAAAAAAAAAAAAUUAACAAUAGGCCACGUCGAUUUUGAUGUUAAUUCCUAUAGUCUGUAAUGUCACGUGAAAAAGAAUUACUUAAAACUUGUCCUGUAUCAGUAUGCGUAAGAAACGAUAAAACGAUAAAAAAAUAAGACCUACAAACAAAGCAAAAGUCUUUUUCUAUAGUGAAACCUAAAGCAAAUCUACCAGAAACGGUUCAUCGAAGGAGAGCACGACCUAUCCUUAUGUGUACUAAACUUCUUCUCCCUGUUUGACCAUUUAACACUCGCCACAUGUUCGCCUACAGAGUGGACCUAUUUUUGAUUUCUUCUUUUUUGAUUUUUUGAAACAAGAGAGAAAAGCUUACAAAAUAAAUUAAAAAUUGAAUACUAAAAAACAUAAAGAAUGUAUAUGUGAAAAUGAAUUAAUCAGCAUGUCAUUUCAUAUUCUCAUUUGUUUCACCGAGUUUAAAAUUUACCAUCUUUCAUUCUUUCAAGAAUGUAUAUUUAAUUCAGUAAUAAAAAGCAAAAACUUCAAAACAAAUAUUAAAAGGUUAAAAAUGAAAACUAAAAGACGAAAAAAAAUAGAAUAACCAAAAAAAUAAAAUCAAAACAAAAUGUAAUUAGAAAGUGGUAGCCUGGGAACCCCCAGCGGCGAUGAGCGAGGAGAAACGUCUGUUUUGGCAGGCUAAGAGAGUGGAAGCAGGAGAAAUUCAUUUUGAAAACCUUGAAAAGGAAAACUUAAACAAACCUCAAAUAGUGGAAAAAAUAAACUCAAAACGGCAGAUCAAAAAGUGAAAAGAAAAAAGUAUAAAAAGAAAACCUCAAGUAAAAAGUAAAAAAGAAAAGAAAAUCGGUCACUGACCUUCCUAGGCUUCUGCCGGGAUCUCCAUGACUACGUGAACGCGAGCAUUUCACAUACGCUUUUAUCAUUGGCUAAUUCUAACGCCCCUUCCACACCAAUGCGGUUUAGUUUGAAAACGCGUACAUUUCGAUGUGUUUAGGUGCUCUGAUCUGCAUACACACUAACACACUGAACGUUUUAUCGGAAAAGCAUCGAUUUGAAGACGCUCUUGAAACUAAGAGGAUCAAAACGAAGACGCAUACAUAUCGCGUUAGUGUGGAUAGUCGAAGACGGUAAAAAACGCAUCAAAAUGAAAACGAUGACUGAAAUAUCGCAUGUGCUUGUGUUUGUAGCACGCACAUACGUCACAAGUAAUUCUACCGUUUUCGAACGUUUUUGUGUGGACAGUCGGAAACGCAUCGAAACGCCGGUAAUGUGGACGCGAAUCGAUCGAUGUAUUAGUGUGGACAGGGCUAAAAUAGGGAACGGCAACGGGAACGCCAAAAAAGCAAUAGGCAUUAGCAAAACAACAACUAUGCACGCGAAUUACGCUUUCUGUACAUUUCUAUGCCUUCACAGCACCACUACGACGAGAAACUGCUUAAUUUCACGUCUUGUGGAGGACUUGAACUAAGACAACGAUUUUCUAUUUUUUCAGUUUUUCUAACAUAGAUAUACAAACAGUCCUUUCGAAUUCAACUCCAGAAAUAUUCACCUACAUUUGAUUAAUUGAACGACAAGGAAUAAGAGUAAUGAACUUGGAAACAGCAUGAAUUCACUUUUCAAGAGGGGUUUUCUCCACCUUCCGUCGCCGCCGUCGUCGUCCGUUAAGAAGAUUAGGGUAAAAAAACAUUCUCCGAAUAUGUCGCCAGCACAGGCAUAAAUCUUGGAAAGAAAGUGACUUCAUUUAUUGAAUGGCUUCAAUUUUUUGUCAUUGAUUGCGUCACAGUGAAAGCCAGCAAAUAUUUAUACAGAAGUUUUGGCCAAUUUGCGGUUUCAUGAGCUUUGAGGAAAGUGAACAUGGUAUGCGAUCAAUAUCAAAAUUAUCUUAUUAGAAACAAACUUUAAAGUUCAUUUGAAGUUCUUCUGUGGAAAAAUAAUUACUUUGAAGUUUUUAAAUAUUAAUGGCGUGAAAUAUUUUUUUAGUUUAUUUAGCAUAUAGUGAAGAGGCUGUCCAACACAGUCGUCUCCCGUUGUGUGAAAGUUGAAUCAAUACAUACAGACAAGAAAACAGGACUAAAAUUUUCUAACAACAAUGUCAUUUUAAGUGUGAAUAAUUUUUAAUUUUACUUUACUUGAACUGAUAUUUUUACGUUUAUUUCUAAAGCCUAUGGUGGAAAUUCUCCUUAUACAUAAGUCGACUUCAGUUUUCUGUAAAUUGAAUUAAUACACACAGAGAAAAGAAACUGGGAAUGAAAGUUCCAAAAAAUAUAUUCUGAAAUACCAACAAAGUGUAGAGCGAGAUCUGUUUCAGGGUGCUACCGAAGUAAAAGGCUACUCUGGACGACGGUAGAUACACAAUAAAGAUGACUAAGGACAAAAUGCCUGAGAAAAGUGCCAGAGAUUUGUCUUUAAGACAGUUCCUCCACGACAGUAGUGACUCCAGCGAUAUAUUUUUCGUUUCCUUAUCCAUAAGAGAGAAGAUCAACCAUUCUAGUGUAUUUUCCACCGCCUCAGUGCAACUUUCUUUGGGUGCGAAACAAGAAUAGAGAAACUUUAGGGCGAGAACGUUGAAGAUCAACAAGAAGAAGAUCGCCAGGUUCGCAAUAUCUCGACUUAACUCUUGAAGGGGCCAAAACAGGAUUGCGAAGUUCAUGAUUGCCAUACCAGGCAACGCCGCCGAUAUUAUCAGUGUAGGAGUUGUCGGUCGAAGCAGUCCGCGAACCUUUUGUUCAAUUUCGCUCCCCAAAAUUGCAAACAAGUGAAACAGGUUUAAAAGUUCAAGAAUUUCCACAGUUUCCUUGAGGCGUCUUAGUGCACAGCAAUAUUCAUAGUUGUCGUCGAUAUAAAUGUUCCACGCGUACAUGGUCGCUGUCACUAGAAAAACCAUUUGAUAAACAAACUGACAUGUCAUCCAAGGAACCAGGUAUCUGUACUUGUUUUCUUUCCUGAAGCAGCAGCUUAAAAGCCUGAAGAGCAUUCGUAUAUUAGAAAUUAAUCCUAUGCAGUCAAGAGCUACAAUUACAAGCAAGAAAAAUGGCAGAUUCAUAUCUUCUCCCAGUCGAUCGUUAUUCUACAAACUGAUUUUGGACGAACACACUGAAGCAAGGCGGGCUUAUGAAAGGGCCUUCAAAGCAUCAGGGCACUAACUAAUGGCCUGUGUGGUACGGCGUAUGUGCAAGUCGUGACAAUAGCCUAUUGUUCAAUUCAGUUUUAUAUCCCCACUUUUCAUAUUCAUCUGUGCUAUUCCCCCCGAAAAAUACAAGUUGCAGAUUAACAACCCUUUUCUGCUUUGAAACAAAUAUUUACCUUCGUGUUUGUCUGACUUUUGUCACUUUUUUUAUUUUAAUGAUAGAAGUGAGCAAUUCGCUGAAUUGUUGACCCAAUGCCAUCCACUUACGGAGUCCCAGGAGAGGGCAGUUGGGUCGGAAUAAACGGCGGCGAAAGUUUUUAAGAACAGGCAAGAGAGCCCUUGGGAUGCUACUCUUAACGAACCAAUUCCACGACGCUUGCGGAUACUUGUCUAGUACAUAUAGUAAAAACCCAGCUAAAACUACAUGUAAGAACCUAGUGAUUUAAGAGCCUACAAGCUGAAUUUGGCAUUUAAAUGCCCAAAUAUAUACGAACCUGUUCAGCCUGGCAAAGGAAAAUAGGUCCUUAUACAAAACAAUCACUCUAGUUUUGAUGGUCAAAAUCCUCGAUUUUAAUUGUGUGAGAAACUUUUGACAAAAGAUAAUAGUGUAUAUCUUUCCUUUGAUUUACAUUUGUUUGGAGUUUCACUAGAUAAUAGAAGUAUGUUUUCCAUAAAGCUACCUUGCUAUAGAAACGAUUUAAAAUCUAAAUAUCUUAUUUAAAAAAUGAAGAAAUGUAUUGAUGUUCUUCUUGGACCUUGAACUUGAUAUGUAUUGGUGGUACAAUAUUUCUGCCAAUGGUGACACUAUGACAACCUCUGAAAAAUAAGAACCUCAUGAGAACCUAAUCAGCCUGAAUUGUGAAAAACUACACUAAAAUAUACGAACCUGUUCAGCCUGACCUCGAAAAUUCUAGGUUCUUAUAUGUGGGUUUUUACUGUACUUCAACUUAAGAAAGUCCCUACCUUUUUAUAUACCUGAAGCAUGAAAAAGGGCCCCCACUUGCAGUUGGGCGGAGCCUUCACGUAUAGGCGAAAACAGGCGAAGACCGAUUUCAAAACCGUCCAUCCGGACGAGAUUAUUGUUUUCAGUAUAGGAAAGAAUAUGAAUACCUAUGGACAUGUGUAGAAUUCGCUGUAAGAUUGUUAAUUCGCAGUUAACUGUUUUUAAGAAAAAGAAAAGAAAGAAAAAGCUCAUAUAUGAAUCAAUACACACUGAUUCAAAGACUAAAUUUACCACGACCACUGAUGAGAAGUGGAUUCGAAAAGCCCGGCGAAACAUUGUGGGAAAAGUUCCGGCACGUUCGGAUGAUAUUGGUCAAAUAUCAUUAGGUUAUCUGCAUAAGCGAGACCAGCCUUGAUGUCAGUUGUUACGGAAUAACAUUCAAUUUGGAGAAAAAAAAUGAGUCCCCUGCUUUAUUUGCUUUCAAUAGUUGGUCUUGACAUACUAGGAUUGUUCUUCAAUAUACGAAUGCUAUUAGGCUGCCUUAGGAAAGAAAACAGAUACCUCACGCCUUGGGUAAUAUGUCAGUUUGUUUUUCAAGCCACGAUUCUUGUCGCUGUGACCGUGGAUGCGUGGAACAAACUCCCCGAUGAAAACUAUGAAUAUUGCUGUUUACUCAAAGAGGUGCAGAAGACUGCGGUAUUUCUUGCAGUUUGUAACUUCGCACAGUUGGAAGCUGUUAGUUUAGACAAACCCGAACACCCAUUAAAACACAAAAUUCGCACAGCAUCUACUUUAAAGUUGGUAUCAGCGACAUUGGGAAUGACAAUUACAAACGUUGCAAUCCUUUGGCUUCUGCAAAGGUUCAUUGAAGCCUUAGUAAGUUACGCUUCAGUGGCGACUAACCUUUAUAUCAUGAUCUUCAAUUUUGUCGGCCUGGGUUUAUUGUUUUUGCUUUCUGGGACCAGGAUAAAAUGGACUGAGCCGAAAGAGAAUACUCUAGAGACCCAGACUUCUUUGCCGUUGAAGGAAGUCUGUGAACGUUUCUCAGUCUUUACAGCUUACUAUUUGCUUAUGCUUUAUUUAUUUUUCAAUAUUGAGUUUAUCCUGCAAUAUUAUUUCCCACUCGAUCAUUACAUUUUGAUGGGGUUUCUGAACAUUGUUUAUGGAACUUUUGUACCUGCAUUUGUCACUGGGCCAGCUAAUAUAUUCACGUCUAAAGGGAACAAAGUUAGAAAUGAAGGUAGCCUGCGAGAAAGCUCCUUGGAGGCAGAAGGGGUGCACGCGAGGAGGGACUUCGAACGUGUGGAGUACCUGUUGUCGCUCCACAUUUAGCUGAGCUGUCAGAUUUUCGCCAAUGUUUACGUGCAAAUGGACACAACAUGAACAUCUUGGCCCAACAAUGUUGCAACAACAACACGCAACAACAUGCAAUAGGGUGUGCAAAUGUACGCAACAUGUAAAAUCCAACUAUGUUGCGUCUGUUGUCACGGGGCUUUAAAAAACUAAAAUUAAGGAAGUUAGACGAAAAGUUUUAGUUGUUGUUUAGGUGCAAAUUCGAAAUAAAGUUACCACAAGUAUCAUCGCUUUUUUUCUGGUUAAUCGACGAUGCUCGGCGGCGUUUUUGGUAAUACUUUUUUGUAAUUGUAAUUUGUUUACCCACGGAUCACUAAGGAGUUCAUAAGAACUCGUUGAAACGUGUCCGUGCGUUCCAGAUCGAAUUGGAAUUUGAAAGUGUUAGUUUUUAAGGAGAGGGGAAAACCGGAGUACCCAGAGAAAAACCUCUCGGAGCAAGGGAGAGAACCAACAACAAACUCAACCCACAUAUGGCGUCGACGCCAGAAUUCGAACCCGGGCCACAUUGGUGGGAGGCGAGUGCUCUCACCACUGCGCCACCCUUUUAUUUACGGUUUCCUUGGCAGCAAUAUUUCACAGUUUAUAAUAAACUACUAAGGACGAGGUCAAACGUCGAACUUUUCAUCAGACGUCGAACAAAACUUAGUGAGUUAAGUUCAUGAAAAUUUCGACGUCUGGCUCAGUUAAGUUCGUCUGAAUGAGUUUGGAUCGUCCCAAUUAAGACGUUCUAUCCGUCGGCGUCAGACGGAUAGAAUCUCUAAAGAUCGUCUCCGGGAUAAACGUCGAUCUUCACAUGCGACGAACUAAACUCAUAUAUUGAAAAUUUGUAUGAUAAUGUAUAUUUAGCCUGAGAAAUUUACUUCUUAUCUGAUCCAGUUGGUUGGUUCGACGCGUCCUAAGUUCGACAUCUGACCCAACAGACGAUCUUAACUUAAUUUAUGUGGACCCAAAUUAGAGUUUGGUUCGUCUCAUGAAAAGUUCGACGUUUGGCCUGGGCCUAAGAGGUAUUACCAUAACCUUCAAGCUGCAUUUCCAGGAACUCUUUCGUUAACUGCAGAAAUGAAAGCGCGCGCAAAAAAUGCGAGUUUGCUCAACAACAGUCUUUUUUUAUACCAUUGUUGAUUGUAGCUCAUUACGCGGAGUCCACCUCUAUAUUUCGGGUCGAUCGUAUUUUCAUUAAAUAAAAAAAUUAAACUUCAUUGAUUUCUGAUGUUUCGAAUUUGCAUGACAAGAGACUGAAUUCCCCAACAACGAAGACGUUUGAUUUUCAACAAAGUCUUCGGCAGUUGACAAUCUUGCACUAGUCUCAGGUUUAUCUUUCCCUUCUCGUGUGGUAAUGGUAUGUUUACCCUUCUUUGAUUGUAGUCUUCCUCGACAUAAUUUUUGCUUCUCUUUUUUUCGGAGAGCUUUUUCUUUACACUUCUUCCAGCGUUUGCUGUUAUAAAUGUGAAUCCUAUUACGCAAUGUAAAUCUCUUCGAUUCACUUCUAGGCAAUACAAGCUUUAUGUCUGUCUCAUGUUUCUUUGUUAUUUUUCUGCUCUUUUCUUCUGUGGCUGGUAAUUCUGUUAUUUCCUUGUUUAAAUCGACAACAUUAUCCUUUCGUGCAAAACAAUCUUCAGCUAACGUUUGCACCUUUGACGCUAUGUUGGUGUUUUCAGCAACUAAUUUUCGUUUGAGGAUAACAGUCUGAUCUUCAGCAGACUUGUGCAGCUUUGUAGCUAUUUGGGUGAUUUCAGCAUCUAAUUUUCGUUUAAGGGCGACAUCCUGUUCUCCAGCUAACUCGUGAACGUUUGUAGCUAUCUCGGUGUCUUCAGCAACUAAUUUUUGUUUAAGGGUGACAUUCUGAUCUCCAGCCAACUCAUGCAGCUUUGUAACUAUCUCGGUGUUUUCAGCAACUAAUUUUCGUUCGAGGUUGACAUUCUGAUCUCCAGCUAACUCAUGCAGCUUUGUAGCUAUCUCGGUGUUUUCAGCAACUAUUUUUUGUUUCAGGGUAACAUUCUGAUCUCCAGCUAACUCGUGCAGCUUUGUAGCUAUCUCGGUGUUUUCAGCAACUAAUUUUCGUUUGAAGGUUAUAUUUUGUUCUCCAACCUGCGCAUCAGAAUCCUAUAGCAGAGAUGCGAAUUGUCAGAAUUCCACGUCAAUAAUGGCGGGAAAAAUAGGCCCUCUGAAGGUGGUCAGUCACGUGGUACAAUACCGCCAUGAUGGAAAGCAAGACACGCCGCAGUGCAUUUCUGUACCACGUGACUGACCACCUGCAGCGAGCCCGUCCUAGUACCCUCUCCAUUUCUGGCGAGCUAAGCGAGCCUCAAGGGGCGGAAGAUUUCUUUCCACGCUUCUCGCUCUCGCGUCUCCUUUCGCGUGUCCCUCUCGCAUGAUUUCUCGCGACGUCCCCAAAUGGAUAGCCUGCGUAGCUGGCGGUAUUGCACAGUAGUCGAGUUAGAUUUGGCGGCGGAGCCGUUGUAAUAUAGUCGAGUGAGAUUUGACGGCGGAGCCGUCACGAGUGGCGACCAAACUUUAAUCUCGCACCCACACAAUACCGCCAGCUACGCAGGCUACCAAAUGGAAAGCUUGUUGGCAGGCUCAGGCCUAUUAACUGGACUCGUACAGCUGAAACACGCAGUUGAACUUUACUACCGUCAAAAUACAUAUAGAUUACAGAAAAUUCGUUUUAAAAAAAGAGGAACAUUUAAUAGUUUAAUAUAUACUUUUUCAAGAAUUAACAACAUAGUGAAUAAGAUUUGCUGCUUAAGUAAUAGCAAUAUUUUCAGGUGAAACUCCUUUUCCAAGAAGAAUAAUUUCAAGGUGUUUCUGCCCUUGUAGCAUAACGUAUGGCUAGAAAUAGAACUUGUUAGUAGCAACUUGAUUACGAAAUUUUUUGUUAACUUUCCGUAUAUUAUGAUUUUAAGUCUGGAUAAUAAUAAAAUUCGAGCAAUUUCUCGUUGUCUUUUUCUGCUGGUGGUUAAUUUUUAAGUUCACCCGGAUGAGUGUCUAUUCACUUGUCGUUCUUGACCUCUUACCCGGUGUCUCACUCUCCUUCAAAUCAGCGUCAUUUCUAAUAAAGGCUGGCUACCGGAACGAGGAGGAACUGGCGAGACUUGGGGAAAUAACCAAAAAAGAAUUUAUUUGAAGGCCAGGGAUAUUGAUCAGAGAGGAAUAAUUGCGUCACAUCAUCAUACCUCUGGGCCAAGUGUAAAUCGUUCAUAAUACUACCGAAAUCAGUAGCCAUCAACAACCCGAAAAAACCCGAUCAUUCGUGAACAAAAGCACACAUUUCAAGCCAAUUGAAACAUUUCAGUAUACACACUUCCCCCCAUGAUGUUGACACGCAUUAGGGCUCGAAAAGGCUUUAUCAAGUGCAAAGACGAAAUUGCGGCUAUUCAAUUAGAAUAUGGGGAGGCUCCGCAACGAAGUUUAACCCCUUGACCUUUUAUCCGGACUUUUAUACCAUUUUUGAAAGAAAAGGUACCCCUUUCAUAUCCCUUUUAUUGACAAAUGGUUCCCCUUUCACAAGCCUAGUUUAGAACUUAAAAUUUUCAUCCCUUUUUUAAACUGCUGUAAAUACACUGUCUUAAAAAUAUGAAUAAAUCACAAAACCAGGCGUUUUCUCGACUUUGUCACAGUCUUAAAAGCAUCUGUUAGCCCUUUUGGGCCUUUUUACCGACGUUUUGGGCCUUACCGGGGGUACUUAUUUAUAAAAGGCAUGAUACGUGUCACCCUGGCGUUUAUAUAUCCAGCUGAACCCGACAAAAAAGGAGCUAACAGAAAUAUACCGCUCGCAUCCUGUUAUUAAAAACUCGAUUGGUCAACUGUAGCUUGGUAAGCCACAAAAAAAUAAAAACUUCCUGUUGGUAAUUAGCCCGUGUGGCAGGCGUUCGAAAGGGAAGGAAAAGGGGAAUCUGGGCUCGAGGUAGCCUCCCCGCAGACGUCCGUUGGGGUUCGUUUGUCACGCAUUCAUUUCUCGGGGAGAAAUGAAUGCGUGACACACGAACCCCAACGGACGUCUGCGGGGAGGCUAGGCUCGAGGAAGGAGGGCACGUCCAGCCUGCCACGCAGGCCCGGCACGCAGGCUAGUUGGCAAUUCGCCUGUUUAUUUAACACUAUUAUUAUAAUUUACCGCAAAAUGCAUACGUGCUCUGUUAAAAAAUAAUAAUAAUAAUAAAUGCGCCUUAUUCGAGCGCCAAUUUCAGUGUAUUUGUCACGGAAGUACUAGAAUUGAGGACAUUUCUCUUUGAUUUACAUGUGCUCAUUUCCAUAGCCAGUGUACAGACGCCCCCUCCUCUCAAAAAAAAAAAAAAAAAAAAAAACAAUGGGGGAGAGAGCCUGGACUCUCCAAUUUUUUUUCAGGAGAGGGGGCUUCUGUACACUGGCUAUUAUUAGGGACUUUAAGAUGCCACGCUGGUUACGACAACGAGAACGUCAAAAAAGCAAUAGGUUGAAUAGGCAAAACAACUCUGCACGCUUUUUUGUACAUUUCUUUUCCGUCACUUCACGACUACGACGGGAAAAUGCCUAAUUUCACUUUUUACGGGAGGACGUAAACAGACGACAGCUAAAGUUUCUUUCUCUUUCUAAACUUGAAUAUGAGUAAAUGAGUUGGAGUAAUCGGGCCAGAGAUUGCAAGCACGCAAAUUCACUUUUCAAGCAACAUUUUCGUCGCCGUCGCCGUCGCCGUCGUCGUAUCUUAAACUCCCUAUUUUCUAAUGAAGAACGGUGUACGUGACUCUGAAACUUUGACCAGUGCAACACGAGAAUGUAAGAAUAACUGAAGGUAGGUCAAAAUCCAGGGUAGCUUCACGUCAGUUGUCAUAUCAACCAUGUAUUUUCCGACAAAGAUAAAUUUAUGCUGGCAACUUUCCCACAAACGUUCGUCUUUGUGUGGCUGUUAAAGAAAGAGAUUGUGGAGCUGAAGAAAUGAAACCCUUAAACACCUCAACAUCUCAUCGACUCCUUCAUUUUGUUCCAUCUGUCAGGCCAUCGUUUCUUUCUGUGAUGUUAGUUUUUGUUUGCGGAUGCCUCUGGGUGAAGAAUACGAUAAUCAACGAACGACUUGUCGAGCUGGAAUCUCGCAUUCACUGUUUUUCCUGCGUUAAGAGUACUUCUAUCAAAAAUCUUGACAAGAUGACUCUCUCGCCGGCAAAAGAUACCGCAAAAGAUCUUGACAAGAAUAUGCAGAUACAUGUUUCAGAAGGGAUCGCCUCUAACUCAGGUAAAAUCGAUGCUUUAGAUAUGAUUAUCCUAUCUCAUAGAUGUCGUAGUUUGACUGAAAUAAACUCCCGCUAUUACGGACUCUCGCUAAAGAGGACACUAACUCGAGGUCCCGAGAUCCGCUAUAAAGCUACAGUGUUCUCCCUAAAUUUUAGCUCAGCAGGUAAGGGACCAUUCAUGCCCCAGAGGUGGAGUGAGAGACAUGGCGUCACCCUAGGAGAAGCCAAGUUCUUUGAAACGUCAUUCCCUCAUUUUAAGACCUCUUUUACGCAAAUCGGCCGUUGAUAUCUUUAGACAACAAUUUAAAACGUUUGAUCCCAAUAAUUUUACUCUGUAUUCACUGUUUUCUUUCUAAAAUGCGUGGCCCAUAAAAAGAAAAGCUGUGUAUACUUAAGCACUUUUCCAUAUAUUCAUUCAUUUCCUUGAUCGGAUCGGAUCGCACCUUGCGUAUUUUUUAAAACUACAUAUUUCAUUUUAGUAAACCUUCAAGCGGUUGCAGGCGGUAAGAAGUGUUGCUUCAGGUGGUAAAUUAAUUGUACCGCCUGAUAAGGAGAACACUGAAGGAAGUUGACUGUAGUUCCCCUUUUGAAACAAGAAACGAUUGGCAUUAUCUUUAACAGGGACAUUUAUUUCCUCAAUGCAACCCUCCCCCAGCCCCUCUGCCCCCGGCAAAAUAUAGCAUGACAGUAUAACGCGACUGAUAUGAUCUAACCAGAAAUUCCAAACAUUAUUAUUGUCGUUCUACACUUAUAAAACAAGAAAGAGUCAAUUUUGGUGUUUAAAAUACUGUUCAAUAUCAGUAACUCUCCGUUCCUUAAAAACUCGCAAAGAAAAUUAAGUUUCAGUUUUCACAUUUCUGUCCGAUAUCGCAUUUAAAGCCCUUCAAACUAUCCAAGUGAAUAUGUUUCUAUUUGACGGGGCGAUCUACAAAUAGCAUUCCUUUCUUGUAAUCUUGUAAGGAAAGACUUUUCACACGCAGGGAGAGUAUUCCAUCAAAUUGAAGCUUUUCCGAGGGGACCGUGGGAACGCAUUUUUUUGGCUCCAGCUCGGGCUAACAACGUCAUCGACUACUCUAUCUAGAUAAUCAUUGGGCGUAGAUAUAGGGGCAAUAACUCCACGCAAUUUUUUUUUGUUCGCUCCAAUUCGACUUCAAUUUCUGUUUGCCAGACAACCUGAAAUGACCGGUCCCCUCCCCGCAAAUAUCGGCUCUAUUGAGGAGGGAGUAGGACGCAAAGCCUUCUGGGAGAUCCAUCCGCUCCACCAUUUUGUCUUUUUUUGACACAGAUUCGACCCAUUUCUUGAUUGGGCUUAGCCUCACAGGUAGCACAAUUUGUUUUGUUUUUUAAAAAAAGUGUUCCGACAAGCGGGUAAAAAACGUCCCUAGCGCAGCGGCGAGUUAGCGGCGAGGAGCGAGGAAAGACGCGCAGGCUAACAAGUGGCAUUCUGAAGUGGGUGGGUAUUCUGAAGUUUAGCCGGUGCCCCUUAAUUAGACCAAUAGUUUCUCCUCUCUUCGUUCAGACAAUCCUCAAGGAGAGGUUUCUUUUUCAAGUUUUCUUUACGGUAAUAUAUAGUACUUCUAGUUUUUAAUUAGUUCGUGUAAAUUACUUCGCAUGUCUUUUUGGAUUGUUAUCGUGAUCAAAAGGCCUCUUAUCACUAUCUUAUAUUAAGUAAAAAGCAUUGGAGUUAAUUUUUUGACGCACCAAAAAAUUUAUCGCGGGUCUUAAUUACCCCUUUUCCUUCCCUUUCGGACGCCUACCACGUGGGUUAGGUCUAACAGAAAAUAGUUUACUUUGAAGCUUUUUGGGUUGUUAUUGUGAGACAGGAAUAUUGAAUGAUGGAAACAGCAAUGCGUGCUUAAUCUGUACAAUUUAAUUAAGGAUUGACUGCAAAGGAUAAAGUUUCAAAAGUUAGUGUGCUGUAAGGACCUGUAAGUGGGCCACGACUUAGCCUAAGAACGUCUGCGUGGGAGGAUUGUGUAGUGAGUGGAAAAUGAGACUGUUAUAGCGAGCAGGAAAUAAGACCACUCAACCCCGCUAAAGAUACAGUUGUAACUUAAGGAAUGAUGAUGGGUAAUAGAACGAACGAGGUCUGUCUUCAGUUUUUGUGUGUGCGAGUCCGCCAUAUUGGUCUCGUCUUGUAGUUUUGCAAUGGGAAAAUAGCGCCCACCUGUCCCGGGCCAGUAACAAUACUGGGCACAAGUUGAAUCAAGAGCGAAUGAGCUUCUCUUGCUUGAAUACAGUAAUUUGUUGUCUAAAACAUGUGCCAAAACAGGAUUCACAGUAAGAGGGGCAGUGAUGACGCACAAAUUUCCACAAUAACAUUCUGAGUGAAAAAAUAAAGAAGAAGAAAAAACGAAAAGAAGGAAGAGGAUUGUUGACCUCGUUUGUACGUCCCUUAUUUCUUUUGCUUCAAUUCGCCGUAGGCAUAUCUCCCAUAAUACACCAUGUUUGCCCUCUAAAAUUUUGCAUAACUCUGGCUUUUAAUUUCUCCUGGGUAUUACAGUCGUUCCAAAAGAAAUUGAAGACAAUGUUUACGCAAAAAAUUUGGGGUGGGGGGGGGGGGGGGGGGGGCGGGGUAACAAGGUGUACGUGUUGCACGUUUUACCAGCUUUUUAACGACCCAAGGCGAACUUGUUUUGCAGCUAGUGACGUAACCGUCGUGUACGGCGUCACUUCCUGGUAAUUUUAUCCAAUCAAGGGUCAGUAUUGAAGCAACUUACAGAAAACUGAUUUGUUACAAGACAGAAUUGAACGUGAGUAGCGAUAAAACGAGCAACAUCGCUUUUCAAUUCGUGUUGUAGUGAUGUUUCAAAACAAGUUCCCAUGUUUUUGUUGCCCGUUUUACUGCAGCUUUAGAUCCGGUGUCUCUUUCCCGUAAACACUUCCAUCUAUGGAAAGGCGGACAUGUCAUUUCUACUCACUCUAUGCUGGUGUCAGUAACUGACCUAAUAACUCGGUUUAACUUUCGAAGGAACGUCCUACCGAUACAUACAACCUUGUUAAAUUUAUUUGUUCUUUAGUCAAAUCAUUUAUUACAAUUUUUACGUAACAUUUCUAACUGCAGUUGUACCGUUCUCAAAAAUGGCAUUUACAACCGUCCGACCAAGAAACCGAAGACACGUUUUAAACGACACUUCAGCUACUAUAACAUUACAAGACGUGAGAAAAGAAAUCACAAAACAUUUUCAACAACUUAUGCCCCUCAAGUACUGUACAUCAAGUGAGAAAGUAUGCCCCGCAGGUCCCCCUGGACUUCCUGGUCCCACUGGGGCAAAAGGACCACGUGGUAGGAGGGGACCAAAGGGGAAAAGGGGGCCUCAAGGUCCCAUGGGACCACCUGGAAAAUCCGGAAAAACAGGAAUGACGGGUCCUGCAGGGCCGAGAGGAGAAAAGGGAGACAAGGGAGAGCCUGGGCCGAAAGGUACGCCGGGACCGCCAGGAAUACCUGGGAAAUCGAUAUCUGCUCCACAAGUAAUGUUGUCGCCGGCAGAACAGACACGAGAUGAAGGAACAAAUACGGCUUUUUAUUGCACAAUUGGAGGAAAUCCUCCCCCUGCCGUCGAAUGGCGAUUCAAAGGCAGAAAGCUUCUGUCAGGUGCAAAGUAUCUGAUUAAAAACGGAGAGUUGAUCGUUAAGAAUCUGAACUACAGCGAUGCUGGACAGUACACAUGUCACGCCAGGAACAUUCUUGGAUCGUCUGAGGCCACUUGCAAUUUAUCUGUUCAAGGUAAGAUCAGAGAAUAAUAGAAACUUCAGGAUUUUUCAUACUCAGCUGCUUAGUGAUGAAUAUAUUUAUGCCUAUAAAGGGCGCUGACUGGGCCACACCCUUGUUUGAGAUUUUGCUAGUAAUUUUUUUUCUCUUUCCUUUUUCUCUUUCAUUUUUGUUUGCGUUUUUAUUCACUUUUCGUCUCACCUAAAUAAUUUGUACAAACAACGUACAAUUAUUAUAUAGUAUGUACUUUUUGAUAUAACAACGUAAAGGUUACAUAGAAGUUCCGUCGUCCAAAAACUCCCAAUUGUUUUCUGUUCAUCGUUAUACAUUUCACUUUCAGUAUUUAUCUUCUGUCAGGUCUUCCAGUCUUCACAAAAGUUCCACCUUCACCCGCCACGCCAGCACAACGCAGUACCUUUCAAGCAGUUUGUCAAGCUGAAGGUUUCCCUCGUCCUGCAAUCAACUGGAGAAGAGUUGGAAUAUCCUUGCCAGCUGGAAGAACUGAAGUAAACCGAGGUAUAUUAACCAUUAAGAACAUGAUUCUUGCUGACAGUGGUCUGUACGAGUGCAUUGCGACGAACACAAUGGGAACAAAGAAGGUCAGAACCAACGUGGUAGUGCAACGAAAGCCCGGUGAGCUCUUACUACCUUAUUAGUACUUAAUUUCGUGAUUUUUCAUAAUCGCGAAAAACUCGAAAUGAUUUCGCGUUUUUCGCGAUUGUGAAAAAAUCACAAAAUUAUAGACCCUUGCUGAAUAAAAGUCCCUGCGAAAUUUAAACGCGGGAAAAUGUGAUCUGUGCGAUGCAGAUUAUGUCGGGUACACAGCCCGACACCUUCAUCAACGCAUUGCUGAGCACAAAAAUUCGGCAAUCGGUAGACGUUUCUUAGAAGCUCACGGUAACAACAACCUUUUGAGAGAAAGCCAAUUCACGGUUUUAAGAAAGUGCCAGAGCAAAUUUGAUUGUUUAGUAUUUGAAAUGCUCUUCAUCAAGAAGCUUAAGCCCAAUUUAAAUAUUCAGACGGACUCCAUACGUGCGAAACUCUUUGUUUAAUAUUUUCUCACGUUACAAUUUUUUAAUCAGCUGUUGUUGUUUUUUUUUUUAGUAUUUAUAGACCAAAAAUCACUAACUUAUUUUGACUUGAUAAUGACGUUCAGCUAACGUCGAAACGUCGUCGCUUUUUAGCAAUUUUUUAAUCUUAAAAUGAUUUUAAGAAAUGUUUUAUCGCAAUUUUUUAUAGUUAAAUUGAACGCCAAUUUAGAAAAUUCAAAUCACAGAAAAAAAAAGAAUAACAUUUAAUAACUAUAACAACAUACAAUUUACAUGAUACAUGUGUUGACAAAUGCCGACAAGUUAUAAGCUGGUUUUAUUGGUACGUUCCAUUCCGUGAUUGUGUCUUCUGUUGUGAUAUAAAAAAAUUCAGAAGAUUGAAAGCUAAAAUCAAGUUGAGAAAGCUUGAAUCGCGAAAUUUAAUGUCCCUUUUCAUGUUUACCCAUAGGAAAUAGCGAAAAUAAACCCUGCGAUCGAAAUACUGUCUUGCCAAAAUAGCGAAAUUAAGUAUCCGCGAUAGGAGAUCGUUCUGGUGGAGACCUGCAUCACGUUAUUUGUAUCGCCGAUGAACUAAACUUUAUUAUAACAUAGCUAGAAUAUUCGCGCCUAAUCAAGAAGCUAGAGUUGCUCACGGGUGCACCUCGAGCAACUCUUACGCCUUCUUCGUGCUCUCCAAACUAUAUUUUGACAUACGCAUAUGAAGAUUGUCACCCAAUGACAUCAUACAUUUUGCAAUAUUGUCCGCCCAGAGACUUUUAAGGGAAAACGGUUUUAUUGUUAGGUAUUGUUAGAUGUCAUGUCUCCUUGAUAUUAAGUACUUGCUUAGUUACUAAUGACUUGACUUUUCUAAGUAUACACGAGAGCUUUAACAAAUUCCUAAACUGUUUUGUCCGUUAUAUUCUUUUUGAUUUCGUUUUGCAUUAUUUUCCACUUGGACUUCUAAGAAGUCCGAAUGGUAGUUAAAACUAGGGUUGUACAGUUUUGUUUACAAAGUUGCUUCUGGAAAUUUUGGUAGAAUGAAAAGUUUUGCUUGUCGCUAUCCGCUUUAUUUUCGGCGGGAAAAUGUGGCGGCCAUAAGUAUAGCCGGGAUUUUUUCGUGAACCUGUUGUUGCAGACUACAGAAUAUGCGACGGGUUUCUAGCUUUCUGAUUGGCUUUAACUUUAGGACAUGGAAUAAAUGCAAUGUGGGCCUUCUGCCGUGCCAUAUCCCUGGGCGCAAUAAAUAAGGUUUAGAUCAGUUAUUGCCUUCUUGUGUGCUAAUCACUGGCUAAUACCGUUGAAAAGUCACCAUACUCAAAGUUGACAUUCAUCACAGCUUUUAGUUUUAGAGAAAGUUUUCUCACGAUCCGUCUGUUCUGAUCACGUCAUUUUUAAUCGUGCCUUGGUGGUCGAUAUUUGUUCAGAUCUAGAAGACUCCGUUAUUGUGGGAAGCAGCGGAAAUUACCUGAGGAUUUUAAGAAGCUGGCUUUCCCCUGUGGCACGAAGCGUGAAUUCUGCAUGGAAGCGCUGUUGGCGUGCAUCUGCGGACGGUUGGGCUGGAAGUACAUUUCACUCGCGAUGUGAUGGCAAGGGACCAACUGUAACAAUAAUAAGGGCCGGAAGGUAUAUUUUUGGGGGAUACACUAGUGUUUCAUGGGGUAAGUGUACAUUAUGAACAGGGAUAAUUUUACUACGGUUACAAGCUUUGUUAUAAAGAUAAAAACAAAGUUAUAUAUAUUACGGAGUAUGAAAAUAACGCAGCCUUUGGAUACACUGAUAAAAAGCGUUGUUUUUAUGGAUCUUGUUCUAGCCUCGCUCCACCUCUUUCCUUCGCAUCCCAUACCCAUUCUCUCUCCAAGUGCAACGAUAUAUUUAAAGCAUAGGCUGAAUAUUUUCUGAAAUGACAGAGUUGUUUGUAGACUAAAUCAUUCAAGGAUCCGGUUCAGUCGGUGACUCCUUGACAGUGCUUAGUCAUGUAACUGAGGGCGCUUACUGUUUUCAAAUUCUUACCUGUUUCAUUAUAAAAAUGACCGGUUCCAGUGACCAUUUUUUUGUUGGUGAUCGACCAUAUUAUCGCUCUGACUUCUUUAGGGAGGUAUUAAAAAAUCAAUUUUUAUCCUGUGGAUUUGAGACAGAGAAAAGAUUACAAAGUUAGAUGUAACUUUCAAAUCAAAAGGCGUAUUACGAUGGAAAGAUUAGGAAUAUCUUUAAAAAACCUAAAUCGAUGGAAAGAGGAUUAGGGGCAUUGCGAAAUUACUAGAUUCAAACAAACUUUGGAAGGGUGAAAAAAAAUAAUUUAAAUGACCACGGAUUAAAAGGCUGAGAUCUAGAAAAAAGGAGGAGGGUUCUCAAUCGCAAUGGAGUAGUAGUCGUAAUCGGAGACACAAGCCAGAGGCACCCAUGAUCUUGUAAACAACAAAAAUCGAAGCUAUUAGGGUGACGGAUUCAGCUUACUCCACACUGCGCUUAAAACUUAGAAAAUGAACAUAAAUGUAAAUGGAGUUGUGGCAUUUGUAUCGGUUCUGCGUUUAUUUAACAAUUAUUCCUCGAGCCCGAACGGGCUCUAUAAGUCAAUACCCUAUGAGGCCGAAGGCCGAAUGGGCUAUUGACUCAGAGGCCAUGAGGGCGAGAGGAAUAAUUGUUUUAGUAAAAUCCAACUAGUUGGUAAAAAAUAUCGAGAAUAAAAAAAUUUUAGCUAGUUAAAGCCAGAUUUUAACCCUUUUUUUGCCGCCAAAAAGCCCGCGCUUUUCGCUACUAGUGGGCUAUAACAUAGAGCCUAGUAGUAGCUCAACCAAUCAGAACGCAGCAUUGAUAAUAGACCACUAGCUGGAUUUAACUAAUAUUUCUUGUACUUUGGUAACUAUGAUUGCAGAGUUAAGAGUUGCUUUGUUUUGUUUUGACAAAUAAAAAAAUCAACUACAACUCAAACAAGUUUAUGAGAAAAGUAAAUAUAUUAACAAACAUUUAUUUCGUGACUGUGUGACUCUUUGUACAUGGGAGAUGGUUUCGCAAGUGAGUAUCAAGAUGGCGUCGCUAGUGACCGCUGUUAUCCAUUUCUUUUCUUUCUGAUAGAGUCCGGCAAUAAGUAUCAGUACGACUCCAAAGCCUUUCUGUUUUCACUGGUGAACAAGCCAGGAUGGGCACCUGUUAAACUGCCUCAAACAGGAACAUAUAGUUCCGGAGCGAAUUCCUUACGUUUUCGUUCAUCGUAUGGGCCCACAUUCGGAGGAGGAUUUGACAUUCACAUUUCCAACUCCGCGUCAUCCAAUAGCAAUUCAUAUAGCCGGCUUGGCCAUACUUACAGUCCACCGAGCGGGCACAGCUACGGCAGCACCUUCGCCCGAACAUUCCUGGCAGGAACUUACCCGUUCACUCCAGACGAAGUAGAAACCUUUUACGAGUCAAACUAA